GUCGGUAAAGCCGACAGCGGUGGUGUAUAACAACAGAGCCCAAGCAGAGAUCAGACUGGAGCUGUGGCACAGCGCACUGAGCGACUGUGAGAAGGCGCUGGAGCUGGAGCCUGGCAAUCUGAAAGCCCUGCUGCGCCGCGCCACCGUACAGAAACAGCUGGGGAAUCUGAAAAUGGCCGCCGAUGACCUGAGGAACGUGCUUCAGGCCGAACCGCAGAACGAAAUUGCAGAGAAACUUCUAAAGGAAGUGGAGAAGAAAGACGCUCCUUCUGGAGACCAGAGGAAAGGCACUAAAAUCCUUAUACAGGAAGUGGAAGAUGAUGAUAAUGAAGCUUCUCCGGCUGAACCCAGCCAGCGUGUGGGUGGGGAGAGCGUCGCUUCUCCUGCUAAGACGGGAGACAUGGGGAACGCGCAUAAAAAGCCCCCCGGCAGAGGGGACGGGGGCCCCCACGCGGAGCACGCCCCCCAGGGACACUGGCGGGGCAAGAGAGGAAGCGCAGACAAGCACAGAGGGCCGGAGCCCGCCAAGAAGGACCUGGCAAACGGAGCACAGGGCGCCGGGAGCGGCGGGGCCGAACAGACCGGCGACGGGAGCGCGGGAUCCGGGGGGGACGACAGCCGGCUGGACGCCCCCUGCGGAGCCCUGCCCCCCCCUCUGGCCCGGCUCAAGAACGAAGGGAACCUGCUUUUCAAGAACGGACAGUUUGCCGACGCGCUGGAAAAAUACUCCCAGGCCAUCACCGGCUUCACAGACUCAGGCAUCGACAGCCCAGAGGAUCUCAGUGUUUUGUACUCAAACAGAGCUGCUUGCCACCUGAAGGAUGGAAACAGCACAGACUGCAUCCAGGACUGCACCAGAGCCCUGGAGCUGCGGCCCUUCUCGCUCAAGCCCCUCCUGCGCCGGGCCAUGGCGCAUGAGUCCCUGGAGCGCUACAGCAAGGCCUACGUGGACUACAAGACCGUGCUGCAGAUCGACGCGGGCGUGCAGUCGGCCCACGACAGCGUCAACAGGAUCACCAAGGUGCUGAUUGAGCAGGACGGCGCUGACUGGCGGGAGAAGCUUCCGGAAAUCCCGCUGGUUCCCCUCUCGGCGCAGCAGCACCGGAGAGAGGAGCCGCCCAGCGCGGAACUCGCCCAGGCCCGCGCGGCCAGAGCUGCCCAGGAGACGGCCAGGAGAGCAGAGGCCCGCUUCUCCUCCGUGAAGCAGGAGGGGAACGAGUGCGUGAAGACCGGCCAAUACCGGGAGGCCGCCGAGAAGUACAGCGAAUGCCUUCAGCUGAAGCCCGACGAGUGCGCCGUCUACACCAACAGAGCCCUCUGUUACCUGAAACUGGAGCUCUUCGCAGAGGCCAAGCAGGACUGUGACUCCGCCCUCCAGUUGGAGCCCUCCAAUAAGAAGGCCUUCUACCGACGGGCGCUGGCCUACAAAGGCUUAAAGGACUACCUGGCCUGCAGCUCGGACCUGCAGGAGGUGCUGCAGCUGGACCCCAACGUUCAGGAGGCCGAGCGGGAGCUGGAGGAGGUGACGGUGCUGCUCCGGCAGAGCCUGGCUGCCGCCGCCUCGCCGGGCAAACCCAGGAAGAGCGUCCCCAUCACGGAGGUCGACGGCAGCGACGAGGAGACGGACGCCGUGAACGGGACCGGGGCAGCGGGGAGCCACUGCGACGGCGAAGAGCUCAGAGUCCCCACCCAGCCCACCAACGCCUACGAGUUCGGACAGGCCCUGAACGCGGCGCGUUCCCGCGGCGACACCGCCGCCUGCGCGGAGCUCCUCCAGGCCGUCGCGCCCGAGGCGCUGCCGGAGUACGUGAGCAGCACGCUGGACGGACACACCGUUCACUUCAUCAUGCAGGCGCUCGACGGGCACCUUCUUCAAAAGGACCCCAACCUGGUCUACCAGCAUCUGAGUCACCUGCCCACAGCUGAGAGGUUCUCGGUGGUGCUGAUGCUCUUGGACGCGGACGAGCGGCGGCAGAUGACUCAGCUGUUCGAGCGCCUGUCGGCGGCGGCGACCGGGGCGUUCACGGCGGACGACGUGCAGAACCUGGCGAACAGAUACAUCUGAGAGCGCGUCCGCCGCACAUCCGCCGCCCUCCCGCAUGCGUUCACACAGAGAGGCGUCUAUGCAAGCAGUCCCAGCCCGCUGUUAAAAAAGCUGCACCGCGCCCCUAGAGGAAUGUACUUCAAAUCUCUGCGUUAAAAAAAGGGACCUUGGGUAAUUUAGGGAGUUCACGGUAGCGUUUACGUCUCUGGGGGGGUUUUUUUUUCCCACAUCCGCUUUAACUUGCAUUGCUGGUUUACCUUCCACCGUGUUGAUGUUGAGAUCUGGCAGCGUGUCGACGUUGCGUAUAAGGUUUAAGCUCACUGGAACCCUAAGACUGUUAUUUGAAAGUCACUGCUGUGGAAGGUUCCGGAAGACGGCAGGGUACGAGACUGGAUGAGCAGCAGAGCUGCGCUUGGGACCAUCCGCUUGGGGAGCGCUUGUGUGCAGCGGGUUCAAGAACCUACGCGCCAGAAGUCCGCCAGCGUCAUCUCACCGAGCGCAAUCAGCCACACUCCUGCUCCUUUAUGUUUCUCCUUGGACAUGCCCUGCUGUAUAAUCACCAUCACCGCAGGCAUGCCGCCGUUUUCUGAACAGCUGAGAACAGCCUGUGUUCAUGUGCAGGAACGGAAGCUACUUUAAUGAUGUGGUUGAUCAAAUGGUGCAAUGCAAUAUGCCAUCUUCUCCUGCACACAAAGAAUAGCUUUUACAGUGUACCUACUGGUUUGUGUAGCCUCUACUCUGCACCAAAUACAGUGUGUGAGCUAAGGGUGGAUUGCUUUGCGCAGAAAAAACCUGCUUAUUUCCAUAUCGGUUACGGUCUGAGGUCCUACUUAAAAGCCCACUUUGCACUCUUUUGAUACGCUUUCAUUUUCGUUUCCUAGCCAUGCCCAGGUUAACCUGUUAAAGCAGAUUUGUGUACAGAAAGAAAAUUAGGCUCAUCUGGGCAGCAUCCCUAACACUGUUGUGCAAAGUCGGUUUUUUUUUCCUUCAUGAAAAAAUGAGAGCUUGGAAUUUCCACCCCCCGCCCCUCCCCCUUCACAGACAGAAUGACCAGCUGCUUCGGAAGCUCCCAGCUCAUCAUUUGACUACCAAACACAGAAGAGUUGAGGACACCGCUCUCCAGGCAGUGAGCGCUUUCAGCGGAGCAAUAUAUGCUAGGGCCUGUGUGCAGUCGGACGCGCUCGUCAGAGAGGAGCAGCAUCUCCGUGGGAUGUGUGCCUUUAACGCCGGAGUCGACUGCAGGUCCUCCACUCAGGGUUCCCUUUGGUGUAUAGAAUGCGAUCCGUUCAAAAAAAGAGUAUGUACAGGGUUUCGAUGUUUGACUAGAGAGAAAAUAUUUAAUUUAAGAGUCUUUUUUUUUUCAGCCUGAGAUCUUAAAUGUACUUUGCUUACUUCAGGGAGGUGGGCUUAUACGAAUACCUGGAGCAAUAAACCGCAUGUGUUCAACAGUUUUCCCGCCGCUCUGUCCAUCAGUCACAACGGCUUGGCUUUAAAGGGGCGGUUCACCCAGAACUGAAAGUAAGGCACGUUUCCACUUACCCGGAGUAGUGUCUGUCCACCAGAAUAGUUUUGGUUCAAACGCAACAGAGUUUUCUAGAUGUUCUCUGCAGCUCACCGUGAUAAACUGGACCUCGCAGGCCCAUGUUUGUCUGGCCUCAAAGCACCAAAAACGAGAACUUCCAACAGCGACGUGUCUUUCCAAAUAUAAACCUGAGGUUACUCACAAACUUCCACUGAGCAUAAUUUGUACAAAGUGUACGCCAGCCAUAUAUCCGCGCAGAGCCGCAUGCAGGUGGCUAGUGGUUGUGAUGCUGGCGGAUCGUUUGUUGUAAUUGCAGUACAGAAACUUGUUAGCAACUUGCGUUAUUAAAGCACAUGACAGCUUUGAAAUUUUUGAUUGAGGUAUUAACGGAAUACAAUUUAAGUCUUAUAACGAAACGUGAAACUCUCAGGCUUAUGUCUACAGACCUUAUUUUCUGCAUUAAUUGAAACCCCUAUGGAAAAAAAGAAUUGGAAAUCUAAAGAGGGAACCCCUGUCUCAAAACACUUACUUCUGGGAUUUAGGACUAGAAACUGCAACACUAUGAAUUGCUUUGGUUGAAACUUUGUGCAGAUAUAUACAGUUGGCAUACUUCAGUAGAAGUAGUUCUUGAUGAAACCACGUAUAAAUUAAGCUCUAUGGAUGUUUGUGAGUAACUGCGGGAUUACAUUUGGAAACGUAUAUUGCAGUAGAAUUUUAAUUUUAAAUUUUACAAUUUUAAUGUAAAUCUUUGGUGCUUUAAGGCCACAAAGAUGGACCUGCUAAGUCACGGUGAGCUGAAGCAAAUAUCUAGAAAACAUCUCAUUUCAGCAAAACUAUCUGGAUGGACAGAUACUCUUCUGGGUAAGUGGAAAUAAACCUUUUUAUCCAUCUAUCACAAGAUGUAAAAGGCAUUUUGAAUUUAUGAAUAAAAUUGGCAAACUGA